AUGACUCCGCCUCCAAGCAAGUUUCGCAUUCUAGAAGCAUCCGGCCUCCCCAAGAGGGCGGCCAGGGCUUGCUUGUCGUGUCGGAAACGGAAGAUUCGUUGCGACGUCAGUCACACCAGCCAGCCGUGCUCCCGUUGCCGCGCCGAGGGUUUCUCGUGUGAAGUCCUGCAACGCUCACGCAAGAGGUCGGCGCUGUCCCCAAAGCCACUGAAGAAGACGAGUUUCGUUUCCGGACAAGUCCAUCUCAGGCGCUGUUCCAAGGUCAAACCGCUCAGCGAAGACCCAGGUUUGCAAGCUCAUACAUCUACCUCGGACGAUGAAUCAUCGGCCAGCGAGUCGCGGAUGCCAUUGCCUCCACCAUGGCCUCAAUGCUUGUUGACUUUCACUGCAAGAGACUCGGGAACGGCAUACACCGGCAGCGUGCAUGACCACGCCUUCGACAACAGUCUCGCCUGCCUGGGCGAGACACCGGCGGAUGAAGCACACAGCCCGGAUUUCGACACAAUUUUCAACUGGGUCACGCAGCAUGGCGGGCUCGAUUUCCUCUCAUGCACUCGAGAUGCCGGACUCAAGGACAUGGUCCAGGCUAUCCAUGCUUGCCAACACCAUCUCUCCGAUCACCUGCGCGCCACGCAUCUCGUGCCGGAGCUAUGCCGGCAGCCGAACGCGUCUUCCACCGACUUCCCCCUCCUUGCGUCGCCUCCAAUCGAGACGCCAAAGUCCGGGGAUGAGUCCUCCCCGUCGUUACCAAGGUUGAAGCAGCCAUUCUCACCGAGCCCUAUGUUGGACCGGCUUUGCUCCUCCGACGUGAAAUUCUUGGAAGACAACGGCUGUUUUCAGGUGCCACCCAAAGUGAUGCUCGAGGUCUCCUUGAGGGAAUACUUCCUCCACAUCCAUCCCAUGUUGCCUGUUCUCCAUGAGCGCGACUUCUGCGGAGCCUUUAGCGACAUUGGUGGCGACAAGGCCGUCCCCAACCGUCCGUCUUUGUUUGUGUUCCAAGCCGUGCUGGCCGCCAGCUCCCUGUUUGUCCCCCUGGGCACAUUAAGUGCCUGCGGAUUUCAAGACCAUCAAGCUGCACGCCGGUUGCUGUGUCGCCGAGCCUGUCUCCUCUACGAUUUGGGGUGGGAACACGAUCCGAUCACCGUUACGCAGGGGGCUCUGAUCUUGUCCCUCAUCAGCUCCAACAACAAUAUGGCCAAAGGUAACAGCUUCUGGCUCAUGACGGCCGUGCGGUACGCCACGGCAGCUCGACCGAGUCCCGGCAAUAUCCACGCCGCCGCACCGCACGAUCUCUGGACCAGGCUAUGGUGGUGCUGUAUCAUCCGGGACCGGCUCAUUUCAUUAGGAUCAAGACGACCGCUCCACAUCACCUUGGACACGUUCAAUCCACUGCGACUCCCCUCGUUGACCCUCGCCGACUUGGAAAACGAUCGCGACAGGUCGCUGGUGUAUGAUCGAACCACGCAGAGGCAUCUGAUACGGUGUUUUCUGCGCCAGCUCCAGCUGGCCAUCACCCUAUCAAAGCUGCUGACCCUCAUUUACCCGCCUGAUGGCUCAGUGGUGCCGCAGAUAUCCUCAUUGAGCGACUACUCAGAGACUCUCCUCCGGGUAGAGCAGUGUAAGGACGAUCUACGAGACUGGUCAGAAUCAACCCGCCUCCAUUCGUCGUUCAAGGCUCCGUCGCACAUAUCUCUGAUACUAUUCGACCGGUUGUUGAGCAUGUCGUUCCAGUAA